CACGUGCAUUGACUCACCUAAUUUUAAGGACGUAUUUCCAAAUUAUACGCGCAAAACGUAUACAUAUAAAGAAAUAUGUUGUCUGUAGUUCUUCUGUUUGUGUUGGUGUCUGGAGUGCAAGGAAUGAACAUUACGGAUUGUCCAGAUAACGGACAGUCUGCCAACGGCAACUGGAUUGUUGAUAACACGAAAGAAGUUCCAAGAUGUGUGCUAAAAUGCGACAAAGGAUAUGAGCCGGAUAAUUGUCAUGUGUUGCGGAGAAAAGAUCCUCAAACGUGGAACCAGCAGAUACCGCAUUGUGUCAACGAAACCUGGAUAACGUGGAAAUCUAUGGCUAAAGCAGGAAUAGCGGUCGCUGCAGGGGCUGGUGCUGUAGUGGCUGCUCCGGUUGUGCUGUCAGCAGCGGGAUUCACUUCCGCAGGGGUGGCUGCCGGCUCUAUCGCAGCCGGAUUUCAGGGAUCUGCAGUCGCAGCCGGUGGCUGGUUUGCCGCGUUUCAGAGCGCUGGAGCGGCCGGUCUCAGCGCUGGAACUCAGGCGUGCUUGUUCAGUGGAGUCACUACCAUCACAGGGGCGGUUUCGACAUUCUUCGGCGUGGAGUCUUGCGAAGCUGAGUGACAUAUUUUUGAAAAUCCAAAAUUCAGCGAUCAGAGUGAAACAGUGCACAUUAUUAUCUGUGUGUUCGAUUUGAUGUGAAAAAGGCAUGCAGACAUAAAAUAACACUUAUAUAUCUUUUUGUUCGCUCACACACAUUAAUCAGAGAAUAAGUGAUUCAUUAUAUGUUAUAUUUAUUAUGUUGUUGUUGAUGAUGUUUUACUUUCAGAACGAAAAUCUUUCAAGGAAUACCUUAACGAAUAUGUUCUAUAGUUGUGAUAGCUCCUUUA